AUGAUACAAACGCAAGCCACAUUAGCCUGGCGGAUGCGCAAGAAAGUGGGAAAGGGGAGGUCGGCAGGGAAAAGAGGCCCUGCGUGCGCCGCUUAUCCCCCCGUGCUCCUUUGCUUCUCCCCUCCCUCUGCACCCACUUCUCAUCUUCGCUCUGCUCACCCCUCGUUCCCCCUCCUCUCCCCUUUCCCCCCUAUUCCGCUCCCCUUCCACCGCCCCCUCAUCAUCCCCCAUUUCCCUCACCUCCUUUGCCCCUUCAUGUCCGUCCUAACCAUCCCCCAUCCCCCCUCCCUCCCCUCCGCCUUCCCCCACUCACCCCUCAUCUGCCCCCACCCAUUCACUCCUCGUGCGCAUCCCCCAUCCAUCCCUCUUGCCAGGCAACCCACCCACCCAACCCCCCUCCUCCUCCCCCUCCGCCUCCACGCUCUCCUAGUCCCCCCCCAUCUCUCAUUCCACCCCCACUCACCCCUCAUCUGCCCCCACCCAUUCACUCCUCAUGCGCAUCUCUCAUGCGUAACCAACUCCCCCCCUCCCCCCCCCCCCCCUUUCUCCCCUCCCUCCACGCUCGCCUAG